AUGUCUUCGCCCUCACUCGAAGCACCGAGCAUCUAUACGAACGAUGAAGGAAGUGGCUUGCCCCAACGGGCCGCCAGCUACACCGACCUUCCCAGCCAGACAGACACAGAUACCGACUCACCGAGCCUACGAAGAACAUUCUCCGAUUAUGCCGUCCCUACUCAAUCCGAAUCACCGACCAAACCAACGAAAGAGAGUGUAGCAGCCGCGAAGGAUAUUCUACGCCGCACAUCCCUGCGUUCUAAAAAUAGACUCUCGACCCCGGUCUCGCAUUUUACACUGUCAUCCGCGGAGGACCUGAAGGACACUGAAUUGCAAAAUGCUGGGACAAAGAUACCGGAACACAGAGCACCAGAGCCCGCGGCUCGACCGUCGAAAAGCCGCUCAAUGUCAGGUCGCAUUGUCAGUCUUGCGCGGAAGCCUUUUGGAUCCUCAUCCCGAUCCCCUUCCCCCUCUACGGCGAAGAGAGUGAAGCAGAGAGCAGACGAAUCGCCAACGAGAUCAGGAGGGCGCAGAAACGAGUCGGACUCGGAUUCAGGACAACCAACACGCAGGCGGACAAUCCUAUAUAAACGGCCGCGGCGACCUAUGCUCGCGGUGGUGGCCAAAGGGCCCCAAGACUCACCAGGAUCACCCAGUAGUCCUUCUGGAAACUCUCUGCUACGACACCAGACCUCUUUCGAAAAGUUCACUGCUUCUCUCUCUGUCUCGACACCAGUCCUUCCUCCGAUGCCAAAGGGAGCUGCUGCUACAGCUGCUUCCUUUCAAAAUAGCGCACCUGAGCAAUCUCGGAAAAAAGAUGAACUCUGGGGGAUUUUUCGCGGCCUUGAAGCGGAUUACCAAAAGUUCCAAUCCAAGUCAACCUCUCUCAAGGCAAACGUCAUUCGCUCUUCACUUCUUCCUUUUCUCGGCCGCCAUCAUCUACAUACAUCAUGCAAAAACCUCAGACCCGAAGACUUGGAUCGCCGGGUGAACAUUCUCAACAAAUGGUGGAUCGGGAUGCUGGAGAUGCUGAAUGGGAAGCACAACCAGUCUAUUUCCGGCACGGACAGACCGGUGUUCUUAGAAGCAGUCGUAGGCAUCAUGACUCGGCCGGAAUGGCGCAUGCCGUUUCCUACAGCGCAGCAAAGCAGCGGCGUCACAACGGAUUCUUUGCAAUAUGCGUCCACUUCUGUCUCAGAGACCUCUGAGGGUUCAGGCUCAUCUGGAUUGGAUUUUCUGGUUGAAUCAAUUCACCAUAACAUUCGCAAUAUUUUCGUUCAAAACCUUCUGUCCCAAAUGUCAUUCGUUGUGGAGCGGAUGUCCAUGAGACACGCACCUGCAAGUCUGGUGGCUUUCUGUGGGAAGGCUUGUGCAUAUGCCUUCUUUUUCUGUCCUGGAGUAGCAGAUAUUUUGGUUCGUUUGUGGAACACAGCUCCUGCGGUCUUCCGCCGCGUAUUCGCCGAAUCCACUGAUUCUCGAGUCGGGACCAUGCGCGCAUACACGCAAGAGCUGGCACUAAGCUUCCCAGCCGCUCUUCGCCCGCUAGCGUUUCACUCUCAUGCACCGUUGUUGCGAUAUUUGCGAACCAAACCCGAAGCUUCCUUGAAUACAGCCAAUAUACCUUGGAACGGACCAUGGAGCGCACGAUGGUCUGGCCGCGAUACCGAUUUGUUUUUCGUCUUCGCCAAGUAUAUCCACAUCCUUUAUGCGGAAUACUUGCCACCGGAGACUGAGAAAGCCAAGCGAUUUCUGGCACCUGGCUUACUUUUAGUUCAUGCACAGCUUCUGGUUACGUUCGAAGAUACAAUCCAUAAGCAGUCAAUACAGCAGAUGCCUGAAAACCCGUCCACGGCAGCUGCCAUCACAUUUGAUGAUUAUCUCGAAUCACCAGAUGCUUCUGCCUCACCUCAUCAGAUCGGAGGUGCAAGAAACAGCCACCGCUCGAUGGCGGAGAAUCGAUUGAUCAUUCUUUUACGUGACUUGCUCUCCGAAUCAUCUGCAGAACCGAACCGUGCGCGUCUGCUGUACGCGGAGACUUUCUGUGGGCUGUUGAAAAUUGCUGCCCAAAGAAUUUCCCUUUUUGACCACAAUGCAUGUUUCCUUCUGUGUGACUUUACCGAGGAGGCAAUUCCGAUUAUCACCCGGUAUGCGCAGUCAAUCGAAACAGAGCUUUUCGAUUGGACGUUCUGGCUUGACGUUUGUCGGCAGAUGAACCAGAGCCAUAAUUCUCUGACCGAAGUUCGGGUAUUUUCAUUCAUUUACUCCGUCUGGGGGACCUGGACUGCCACAGAGGAUAGAAAAGCGAGUCUCUGCUUGGACUUCCUCCUGCAUGAAACAGUCUUCUACCACUAUUUCAAUCACUGGAGUCCCAUGGUGCGUGCCUAUUUCCACCGCCUCCUCUGCUGGAGGGUAGGACGGUUCAGUGGAGAUCCCUCGGCGCUUGAUUCAACCAUCUAUGAGACCCUCUCAGACCGUUUACUGCGGGUCUGGGAGUAUUAUGUUGGGUAUCAGUCAAAAGCAGAGCAAGGACUCAUUGCACCACUGUCAUCUGCCCCCUGCACGCCUGCUCCCGGUAGAAGGAUAAUUAUUAUUCGAUGUGACAAUCAGAUCUCUCCAGUGAAUCUGUUUGUUUCCUUUGAUCGUGUGGUCCCACCCAUGUCUUCCGACCAAAUCAUGACCCACCGAAGAUCUAACUCUUCAGACUCAACGAGCUCGGACGGUCAGCCUUCCAAACGUCGAUGGGGUCUUCUUCGGUCCAUGUUUGGAAGCUCAUCGACUACCCGGUCUUCAGACGGGAUAAGUAGCAGUAGCUCUGAAGAGUUUGACAAUACUGGCAUCGACUUGACCAUGACUUCCGAAAGCAAGUGUCUAGAGGAUCACGAGCCAACUCCAAACAACAGUUCGGACGAUCUUGUCCGACCCAAAACACCCCACCAGCCAUUCUUCUUCAAAUUCUCUCUGGAAUGGAUGGACCGGCCACAGUGGCCUACGAAGAACAAGCGCCUCUUUGCCCCCUGUCUUCCCGUUGCAUCUCAGAUACAUGUACAACACCGGCGGUCUCCCGCCAAACCUUGUGAGUUUGACGAUGAUGACACCAGUUCAGAGGCUGUAACAGACGAGAUCACUUCCAAUGAUAACACAUUCGGACCUCCUUCAGACUCCAAAUUAUUCUCGACAGAACCAGUUCCAGAAAUGCAGGACAAGGACAGGGUCCACACCACCAAAGAUUCGCCGUUGCCAGAAUUGCCCUGCCAACCCGUUUAUGACCAUCUGGUACCCAGCAAAUACUGCGGCCGUGCCCUCGCAGAAUGGGCACACAUUGUCUCUGAAUGCGACAGCUUCUUUGCCCGGCGACGUGAUGAAGGCGUGCCCACCGACCGCGCCGUUGAAAACCCUACACUAGGAGUCGAAAGUUUCCGCAAAUAA